UUUUUCUAAUAAAGCUUCUCAUAGAAGACAAACUUUGCACUUGCUAAAUGAGAAAGUAGGUAAAACUACUAGAUAGAAUGACUUCUGGUCAGGUUGUUUGUGAAACUCCUGUAAGACGGAUUGCUAUCUUUGGAGGAACUCAUGGAAAUGAGUUAUCGGGGGUAUUUCUGGUUAAGCACUGGCAAGAAAACGGAACCGAAAUUCAGAGAACAGGCCUGGAAGUAAAUCCGUUUAUUACCAACCCCAGAGCUGUGGAGAAAUGUACUAGAUAUAUUGACUGUGACCUGAACCGGGUUUUUGACCUUGAAAAUCUUUGCAAGAAAGAGACAGAAAAUCUACCUUAUGAAAUCAGAAGGGCUCAAGAAAUAAACCAUUUAUUUGGUCCAAAAGGUAGUGAAGAUGCCUACGAUCUUAUUUUCGACCUUCACAACACUACCUCUAACACAGGAUGCACAAUUAUUCUUGAAAACUCCAAGAAUGACUUUAUAAUUCAGAUGGUUCAUUAUAUUCAGAAUUCUUUGGCCCCAUUACCCUGCUAUGUUUACCUGAUUGAACAUCCUACACUGAAGUAUUCAACAACUCGCUCUAUAGCAAAAUAUCCUGUUGGUAUUGAAGUUGGUCCCCAGCCUCAAGGAGUUCUUAGAGCUGAUAUUUUGGAUCAAAUGAGGAAAAUCAUCAAACAUGCCCUUGAUUUUGUCCAGCACUUCAAUGAAGGGAGAGAAUUUCCUCCAUGCACUAUCGAAGCCUACAAAUUAAUCGAGAAAGUUGAUUUUCCUCGGAAUAAAAAGGGUGAAAUCACAGCUCUCAUUCAUCAAAGCCUCCAGGAUCAAGACUGGAAGCCACUGAAUCCUGGGGACCCUGUGUUUUUAACUCUUGAUGGAAAGAUCAUUCCUUUUGAUGGAGACUGUGUGGUUUACCCAGUAUUUGUAAAUGAGGCUGCAUAUUAUGAAAAGAAAGAAGCUUUUGCAAAAUCUCUUAAAGUAACCCUUAAUGCACAAGGUAUCAAAUCGUCAUGCAAAAAAUGAAAUUAUUUUAAAAGUUCACAUGUUCUUUCAAAGGUAAAAUGAUACAGUAGUUCAUUUAUUCAUUUUAGCUUGAAUUUUAGUAAAAUUUCAAGUGGUAUUUUUUACUCAAAUAAUUAUAUAUUAAAUACUUCAACAGUUUUCUAUUUAAAAUUUUUAUAAUAAAAUGUUUUAAAGUAAUAUUAAAAAUAUAAAUAUUCCAUAUAAAGAUUACUGUUAAAUUUAAGUGAAAAAUGUUUUACUUAAUAAAAAUUCCAUAACAUCAAUGAUUUGUGGGUAAUGUAAGAAAUAAGCAAAUCCAAAGGAAAAUGUUUAGCUAAUGUAUUUGAUUAUAAUUGCUAAAUAAUAAUUUUGGGUUAUAAAACUUUUAUAAUGCUGUUUUUCAGUUUUGGAAUUAGACUUGUCAUUCUCAAAACAUCAUCUAUAUAUUCACUUGAAAUAAGUAAAGAAAAUUAAACUUCUCUCCA